AUGACAAUCAUCUUCGCAGCCGCCACCGCCCCCAUCAAUCCGUCAGGAGCUUCUCCAAAACUCACAUUAGAACAAGUCUGGAAGGGCCUCGAGUUGAAAGUCAUUAAACCGGAACUCUUCUUGCCUGUGGUAGAGAAAUGCGAAGUGAUUGAGAAUGAUGGAGAAGUAGUCGUACGAGAUGUGACCUUUAAAGAAGGUGCCAGAAUGGCGAAUCCCGGUGCAGGACCGACGAUGAGAGAGCGGAUUACGCAUAUCAAACCAGUAUCUUCGACAGCAGGAUCAGGCAUCGAAAUAUUCUCUACCUUGGAGUCAGCCAACAAAGUCCAGAAUGUCGUCUCUACAGGCGCACAUGAUUCGGAGCUCUAUCUCACAUUUACUUUUGAGUGGGAACAUAAGGAGAUUGAGGAGGGUUCUGAAGAGGCUGUGAAGAAGCAAAAGCAGUAUCAGGAGAAUGCGCCAAGGGCUGUGCAGGGUACGAUUGCGAAGAUGAGAGAGAUGAUCAAGGAGGGGAAACUCUAG